GCAGUUUGCCGGCCAAUCUUGCCAGGCACAUUAUCAACAAAUACCUGUGUAGGGACGUCUGUGGCUUGACCGGCGAGGUUCUGUCUUGGAGAUGCUGGUGGGACGCAAUCCCACAGCUUCAUCACCACCAACCCACCAGCGCCAUUGACAUUGGAAAGGGCCGCGUCAUUCUUGCACCUCGCGACACCAAGCAAGGAUGGCUUCCUUUCCGACCGCCGUGCGGUCCAGUCGAAGGCUAGCCUUUGCGAGCCCCCAAAUCCGACACAUUUCCGAUCUCACCAUUACCCGCACCGGCAAGCCCAUCCUCCGCCUACAAGGCGGCCGAUCGUCCCUCGGAGGCCAUACUGCGACGGUAUUUGGCGCAACAGGGCAGCUCGGGCGAUACAUCGUCAACCGGUUAGCACGCCAGGGAUGCCAGGUGGUCAUCCCCUACCGGGAAGAGAUGGCCAAGCGUCAUCUCAAGGUUACGGGGGAUCUCGGCCGUGUCCAUUUCAUCGAAUACGACCUGCGCAAUACCGAGUCCAUCGAGGCGAGCGUCAGGCACUCGGACAUCGUGUACAACCUCAUCGGCCGGAACUACCCCACCAAGAACUUCACCUUGGAGGAUGUCCACAUUGAGGGCACGGAGCGCAUCUGCGAGGCCGUGGCCAAGUACGACGUCGACCGCUACGUUCACGUCUCCUCCUACAACGCCGACCCGAACUCGCCAGCCGAUUUCUUCGCCACCAAGGGCAAGGGGGAGGUUGUCGCGCGAAAUAUCUUCCCCGAGACCACCAUCGUACGGCCAGCGCCCAUCUUCGGCUUCGAGGACAACCUGCUCAUCCGGUUAGCCGGCAUCACCAACCUGUUCACGUCGAACAACAUGCAGGAGAGAUACUGGCCGGUUCAUUCGAUCGACGUGGGUCAGGCCCUCGAGGCCAUGCUAUACGACGACACGACGGCCGGGCAGACGUUCGAGCUGUACGGACCCAAGAACUACUCGACGGCAGAGAUCGCCGAGUUGGUAGACCGAGAAAUCUACAAGAAACGGACGCACAUUAACGUGCCCCGGCCCAUCCUGAAGCCUAUCGCGGGGCUGCUUAACCGGGUGCUCUGGUGGCCAAUCCUGUCGGCAGAAGACGUCGACAGGGAGUUCAUCGACCAGGAGAUCGACGAGACGGCCAAGACGUUUGCCGACCUGAACAUCGAGCCGGGCGAGAUCAGCGAUUACACGUAUCACUACCUGCAAGGAUUCCGCAGUGCGGCUGUAUACGACCUCCCGCCGGCGACGGAGAAGGAGAAGAGGGAGGAUAGAAAGUAUCUGCACGUGCUAGAUGACUUUUAGAGAGAGAGAGAGAGAGAGAGAGAGAGAGAGAGAGAGAGAGGACGAGUGAAACUCGGGCCCAAGCAUUUUACUGUUACUCUUCUCUCCCACUUUUUUUAAUAAUAAAAAAAGAGAGAAAGAAAGGACUCAGGACUCUGAUAACUGCACUGUAUAUACAUAAAUAAUCGUCCCGGAUCAAGCGCCCUGGAGGAGCGUGGCAAGCGGGUAGCUUGCUGAGCUUGGGGUAGUCUUCAGGGGGUGCGGCUCUUUAACUUGAUUUGUCGCAGUGGCCUGUUCCGGUGUUCUGUCCCCCGUCUUGCCCCCUGUGGUUCGUCGAUAGCUGCACGCGUCUUCUGGCUACAGCUCGGGAACCCGAGCGACUCGCUGGCAACUCACUGGUUUUCUA